AUGGCGGACAUGACCGCUGAAACUGUUGGAAAGGCGCUAAUAUCGUGGAUGUCCAGAUUUGGAUGUCCAACUGAUGUUGUCACCGACCGCGGGCGUCAAUUUGAAUCCACACUUUUCCAAUACCUGGGAAAAGUGAUAGGAUUUAAACAUCGUCGCACUACCGCUUAUCAUCCAGCGUGUAAUGGUAUGGUUGAGCGUUUUCACCGCCAGCUUAAGGCAGCAAUUAUGUGUCAUGCUGACCCUAAUUGGGUUGACUCAUUGCCUUUGAUACUUCUUGGUAUUAGAAGCUCGUACAAAGAAGAUUUACAAUCCUCAUCGGCUGAGUUAGUAUAUGGUGAGCCGUUGCGUUUACCAGGAGAAUUUUUUCAGACGACCCCUCCAGACUCCACCGAUAUUUCGGAUUUCGCAACCCGCCUUCAUAACAUCACAGCCAAGCUGAAACCUUCUCCAGCCGCUCGUCACACGAGUGGUAAAAUAUUUGUUCAUUUGUUCACAAAGGCCUACAAUCCUCAGAACAAAUAUUUUUAA